CCUUAAGACUGCCUUGAACUGACCGCGUCUACAGCUGCGUCUAUUCGUGGGCUUUCAAAGGGACCACCCCAAACUUGCCACGAGACGGGACUAUGGGGUCUGGGCUGGCAGAAGCAUCUACCCUAUUUUUAGGGUCAGAUAAUUUUGCACGGAUUGUUAUCGCCACUGCCGCGACGGUGGGCACCCUGCCUGUUCCACCUCAAGAAUGCCCCAGCGAAAUGUUACAUUACGACCGCGUGUUCACGGAGAUGCUGGCAGAGCUCGAAGCGGCGGGGCGACGAAUGCCUGCGGGCCAGAACGUACCGAGUGGGCCCCAGACGCGCGGGGCUCCCCUCGCCAGCAUGAUUCCGACGCCGAUGCAUCCACACAUGACGUCACCCCACGAAACGCAGCAGUAUAAGCGGACGCCGUCGCAGACGCAACUCACAGGCGCGGCGCCAGCGCCAGCGCCCGUGUCAGUGGGGCCGCAAGCGCCGGGGCCAGCGGCUGAGCCGCUGGCAGCGUCGGCCGCACAGGUGCAGGCGCAGGCGCUGGCCAGCGCACAGGCACAUGCUCAGGCGCAUGCCCAGUUGAUUGUGCACAUGCAGUCGCAGGCGCUUGCUCAGAUGCAGGCGCAGCAGUUGCACGCACAAGUACCGACGCCCGCGCAGAUGUACGCUCAAGGGCAGACGCAGGCGCAGAUGGACCCCGAGAAGUAUCAGGCCUAUAUGCGCCAACAACUGCAUAAGCAGCAGCAGCAGCUGCAACAUAUGCAGGGCAUGAGCAGCUUCUUGGCUGCGGCCAUCGGCGCACACCACCACCAACAACAACUCCAACAGGGCGCUGCCGCGCGUAGUGCGCCCAGCGCCAGCGCGGCCGGGGCAGCUCAGACUACAAUCACCACCCUGCAGCAGCUGCCGGGCGACGCCGCAAUCCCGCCCCCCGGCCCGCGUCCAGCCGCACCGCCGCCGCUGCCGGCAGUGAUCACGGGUAUCGCGCACAGUGCCACCACUGCCGCAGCGUCGCAGAGGCCAAGCCCCUCUGUGGCGCCGCCUCCGCCCGCCUACACAGUCACCUCUCAGCCCUUCUCCGCAGCGCCGCCGGCCGCGCCAGCAGUAGCAGCCACGACCGCCUUUCUCUGUGGCGCGCCUUUGCAGUCGGUGACGACAGGUAUGGCACCGCCGGCGCCCGGCCUUGUGCCGCCGGCGGGGCCUGCUAUGCCGGCAUCAGCGCGUCCGGCGUCGCGGGCGCCAGUGCCAACGGCGGCCACUGCAGCAACGGCAUCAGCUCCCUCUGUGGCGCGAUCGGCAGCGCGAGCGGCGACGGAUGCGGAGGUGCUCGAGCAGCAGCAGCAGGCUUUGUUUAUCAAGCGGACGGCUGAUGAGCUGCAGCUUAGCCCGGAGCAGAUGCUGGGGCUGCGCGCGCUGUCCAAGGCGGACAUUGGUCUCCUGUAUGUCGCGCUACAACUUGAUGCAACACCCCAAACGAGGCGCAACGUGUUGGUUACGUAUGCGGAUGUCGGGAACCACGCACGCGCCGCCGCGGCCGCCGCCGCGGCGGCGCAGGUGUGACGGGGUCGUUGUGAGGUGGAGGCCUGUGGAGGGCGUCUGUCAUGUUGUCAUGAUUGUCGAAGUGUGCACAGUUUAGAGGAAGGCCUUGUGAAAUGACGCGCGACAAAUCUUGCGUGGCCGAGCCGGCAGACGCUGGGCUUGUGCACCGGCGGGGAAAAGGGUGUGUGUUCGUGUGUGUGUGGGCGGGGGGGGAGGGCGGGGGGCCGGGGUUUGGGUCGCAACCAGCUUUGGCCGAGAUGUAAUUUUUCAUGCAGAAUUGCGAUAUUGCAUACUGGACUUGCUGGCCAUUUUGUUGAACCGCGAUUGGCGAACAAACUGCAUGGGGA